AUGCAUCAACAAUCAAUUCGUCGUUCAAAACGAACAACACGACGACGUGAACAUCUAAACUCAUCUUCAGGUGAUUCAAGUGACUCAUCCUUAUCUCAUAUUAAAAUUCAAAGUUCUCAACAAACAAGUGAAUAUCAAUUACCCUUCAGUAAUAUUUCAUCGUCAUCAACAUCGUUGAUGACAACUGCUCAAUCAACAAUUGCUACACAAACAAAUACUCAGGAAAAUUUUCUUAAUCAAUCAUAUCAUUCAAAAUCUAUUCCAUCAUUUGCUGAAACUCAACUUUUAUCUAUUUAUUAUCUUAAUCGUAAUAUAACAAAUCAACCUAUUGGUAGUACAAAUCGUGAUAGUUGUAUAUUUAUUGAACAACAAGAACGUCAACCAAUAAGAUUUCGUGCAACAUAUGAUCGAUUAGCAACAACAAAAUCAACACAAACAUCACCAUUACUAUCAUUAAAACAAUUAUCAACACAUGGAUCAACAUUAAUUGUUGAUUCAAAUCAACAAACAAUUGGUACAAAUAAUCAUCUUUAUGAACAACGUUUAAAAAUACAUUCUGGUAGUCAACAUUUAUCUAAUAAUUCAUCAUUAAUUACUGAAACUGACGUACCACCACAAUCACCAAGUGAACUUGUUGAAGAAUCACGAUAUUCAUACGAAGAAUAUAUUAUACACGUUGAUAAUAAUCAAGAACAAAAAAAAUUAACAUCUUCAUCAUCACCAACAAGUACAUCAUCAAUAACAACAAUUAUUGCUCAACCAUUAUCUUCUCCACCACAGCAGCAACCACCACCACCUCCAUCUAUACCAUCGAAAACAAUGCUUCAACCAGAAGAAUUUGAUUCUGAUCGUACAUCACGUUUAAGUGGUGAUGAUAUAAAUACACAUUCAUCAGCUAGUAGUAUGUCCGGUUCAUUUACAAAUCAUGAUUGGCCAACAACAGCAACAAGAAAUAUUUCUUCAAUACCAACAAAUAAUUCUCCUAUUGUAAAUACACGUCAAACUACCACAACAAAUGAAACAACACGUAUAUCAAGUUGGCCACCUGUACCACACGAUAGUCCACCAGUUGAUACACAAUUUGAAACAUCAUUUAUUUUAGAUGAAAGUGAUGAACAACGACGUCCACGUGUUCAAUUUGCUGAACAAUUAGUUCGUGUUAUACCACCAUCAGCUACAAAUAGUUUUAGUGAAGAAUCUAGUGUUCCUAUACCACCACCACCUCCAACUGUUUCUGCACCUGCUGUAACACCUCGAACAAGUACAAAUCGAACAUAUACAUCUCAACAAAAUGAACAAAAAGUUGAUAUGGAUUUAGACGAAGAUGAUACAACAACAACAACAACAACUACAACAACCUCAAGCAAUAGAGAACCAAUAUCCGGACGUUUACAACGAACAAGUGGAUUAACAAAUCUUAAUGAAGUUAUGCUGACAAGACCAAAAGUUGUACCGCCACCACCACCAUCACAACCUCCUCCUCCUCCUGCUCCUUCAUCCUCAUCAACAACAACAACAUCAGAUGUUGAUCCUCGUCUUGUUCGUGAUCAAUUACAAAGACUUGAUUACCAACUUGUUGUUGAUACUCAUCAUCCAAUAAAUCAAUCAAAAUGGGUGAAAGAUCAUAUGAAUAAUUCUGAUGUUCAAAAAACAACACCAAUAUCUGGUCGUGUUGAUGCACUUCGUUCAUUAUUUGAACAACAAGGUAGUCGUUCAUCAGAUUCAUCAACAUUAAAUAGUCCCACAGGACAAAUACGACGAAGUGAGCCUGAAGAAAGACCAUCAAGACAUGGUGAUGAAAUACGUUUUCGUAUUAAACAACCUAAAACAUCAACUAUACAUCAUGCUGAACCAAUACAAAUAGUUCAAGAUGCAAAACAAUCAAUAAAUAAUUCAAAAAUUGUUAAUCCAUUAACAUGGGAAGAUCUAGUUGGUGUUCAAGAAGAACAUCAUCAACAACAACAACAAAGACGACCACAAUUAUUUUCAUUUCCAUUUGAACUUGAUGAAGUACAACAAAUUGUUCGUAAACGCAUUAAAUCUAUUGAUGAUAUUGGACAUUAUUCACAAAAAGAUCAUAUAUGGAAGUGGAAUGAACCAUUUUGGCGUAGUUUAACACCAUCACAACAAGAUCAAUUAAAACGUCUUGAACAACAAUCACGUUCACGACAAGAUAGUGGUGAUACACAAAUAAAUGAACAUAGUGAUCGUUCAGCAUAUCAAGGUGAUUCAGAAGAUAAUACACCAAAAGUCAAUUAUACAAAUCGACGAAUACGUUCACAAAAUUCUUCACAAGAAAAUAAUUUAUCAACAUUAUCAUCAUCAAAUAAUCAAAAAUUAAUUGAUGAUAAAAAACAUUUUCAAUCAACUAUAAAUGAUCCUGGUUCAACUAUAAGUAUAAGUGGUGCUGGAGCAUGGCAACAACAACAACAAAAACAAUCAAUAACAACAUCAAAUAGUAUCGGUAAAUAUAUUGAAACAAGUACAAUACAUGAAAAUCAACCAUCGAUAAGUAUAAUUGGUUCAACACCAAAUACAAAUUAUACAAGAAUUGAUUCACAAGAAUCUAUUGCAUCAUCAACUGUACAACAACCAUCAUUAUUAAAUAAAAAAUUAGAUAAUCAAAUGACAAUUAUUGAAUCAGGCUAUAGUUCAGCUGAUGAACCACAACAACAACAACAGCAACAACAUCAACGCACAAAUCAAUUUCGACCAAAACCAAGUACAAUUAUUGAAGAACCAACAAUAUCACAUCAUAUUGAUACAAGUAGUGGUAUCGCUGGUUUAGUUGCUGGAUCAGGCUCUACUAUAAUAUCAUCGAAUGAUAUACAAUUACGUGAACAGCCUAUUUAUGAAAAUCUUCGUCCGGAAUUAAUACGACAAAUGAAUGAACCUGAACUUGAUCCAUUAAGUUAUGAACAAUUUAUUUAUGAUUAUUUUUCAACACAUGCCAAACGUUUACGUAGUAAUGAUGGAACACUUAUCUUGUUUAUUGAUGGACAACAAAUUCAAAUGUCACAUAUACGUUUACCAUCAAAUGAUAAUUUAAUUAUAUCGAAAAAUGUUUAUUUAGAUGCUAUUGAUGAAUACCCACCACCAUUUGAAACCGAAUCUGAUGAAUUAGUUAUAUUUAUACAUGGUGAUACAAUUAUUUUACCAGCUGAUCGAUGGUUAUUCUAUAAAAAAAAAUAUCAUAAUGCUCAAUGGAUAGCACAACUUGAACGUGUUAAUCGACGUAUACCAACAAAUUUAAUGCCUAUUAUUGAAGAAUGGCUUGCUGAACAUACAACAUUUUUAGUUGAUAGAAAUGAAAUGAAUGUUGAUGGUUUAAAUAUACCAUUAACAGGUAAAUUAGGUUUACAUAUAAUUGAUUUAUAUCGAAUUCAUCAAUUACAAACAAAUGAUAAUCUUUAUUGGAAUGAAAUAUUAAAAUAUUUAAUUCGUACAGGUUAUAUUUCAUUUGAUGCUAAUGAACAAUUUAUACAUAUAGGACAUAGUGAACUUGAUGUACAACGUAUAUUAAGAUCAGAAUUAUCUCCAUCACCUGAAUUAAUUGAACGUCUAGCUCAACUUCUUCGUUCAUUAGAUGAUAUACAUUUUGAUAAUAAUAAUGGAACAUUAAUAUUAGGUGAAGAUUUUAUUAUACCAAAUGAAUAUAUUCAUGAACUUUUUCAACAAAAUCAAUCAGGAGAAAUAUUAAAUGCUAAUCAAUUAGCUGAUCUACUUUUACAUAUAUGUGAUCGAGAAGAAGAUCAAGAUGGUCAAUCAAUUAUAUUAACAUUAAAUGGACAAAUUUUACGAUUGACACCUUCUUCAACUAUUCAAGAACAAAAUGAUAAUGAUAAUGAUAAUGCUCUUGAUGAUAUUCUUUUUCAAUGGUUAUCUGACAAUGUUGAUUUGUCAAGUGAACAAGGACAAGUAUUUUUCUUACGUUAUCGUACAAUGCCUAAUUAUUUAAUACGUAUAACAGGACAAGAUGGUAUACGUUUAUCAAAUCUUUUACGUCGUCAAACUUUACAAAUGAAUGAUCUAUUAGAUUGGCAUAAAAAACAUGUACAAAUAGAUCGAAUAGACAAUUCUUUACGUAUGAUAAUAAAACCAAAUAAAAACAUCGAGAUUGAUAAUUUACCUUUGGGCGAGAAUGAAAAAACUCGAGAAAAAAUAAAAUCUACCAAUCAAAAAAAUAGAAAUAUGUUCGAAGAAGAAAAAGAAGAAAAACCUUUGGUCGUUUUUAUUCCUUUUCAUCAGCAAACUCAAAACGACAACGAACAAGAAAAAAAAGAAAAAGAAUAUCAUUACCAACAUUCUACCUCUACUUCUCCUUUACUCGAACGAGAAGAACAGAAAAAAAUAAAAACUAACGAGAGUGAUGAAGAACGAGCAUUAUUCCUUGAAAGUAUUUUUUCACUACUGCACUUUGUCAAUGCAAAUGGUAGUAAUGUUGGCACGCUAGAACUCAUUCAAGGUCGUCGCUUAAGGCUUUCGUUAACUGAUAAUUCACCAUUUUCACAACAACAACAACAAAUAGAAUUUAAUGAAAACGAUACAAAAAUUCUUUAUGAAGAACUUGAUUUAGAUAUUGAAGCUUGUGCACAAUAUUUAAUUGAUUUUAUAUUUGAUCGAAUUGAAUUUGAUAAAGCAAAACAAUAUAUACUUAUUUAUUAUCAUAAUCAAAUGUUGAAAAUAAAGAACUUGACACAAAAAUUUUUACAACCAACAGCAAAAAAACUUCGAUUAACAUCAAAUAAAACAUCAUCAUUAGAUUCAUCAGUAAAAGCAAUUGAUGAAGAACAAGUUAAUAUAUUAACACAAUGGCUUGAUCAAUUAAAUCGACAAAAUUUCAUAACAAUCACUGAACAAAAUGAUAUUGUUAUACUUCCAAACGGUGAAGAUGAUCAACAACAACAAAUACUUAUUAAUCAUGAUGAUGUUGAUAAAUAUAUGGAAAAUAAACUUAAUACAUCAAAAACAAUAGAUGAACCUGAAGUUAUUGUUAUGAAUGAUAUUGCACGAAUAUUACUUUUAUAUAAUUAUGUUCAAUAUUCAUCUGGACAUUUAACAUACGGUACACAACGUAUUGCAUUAGAUAGAAAUGAAUUAAUUUGGUUAAGAUCAAUUGUACGUGGUGUAAGAAUUCAUGAACAAAAUCGUGAAACAGAAGUUGAUUUAUUUGAUGGAGAACAUACACAAGUACUUCGAUUACCCUUUGAACAUAUGCCACCGACAAAUGAUCGAAAUGCCAUUGCAAAUUAUCUAUUUGAAAAUGGAACUGUUCGAUAUGAUAUUGAUACAGGAAAUUAUGCAUAUCGUUAUGUACAACCUGAUAUACCAUUAGAUGAUGAGAUUAAUUCACCUGAACGUAUUGGUCAACGUCAAAUUCUUUCAUCACAUAUUCGUCAUAUUCAUGUUGAUGAAGAUAAAAAACGUAUUGAACUUGAAUUUCUUCAUGAUCGAAAUCAUCGUCUACAAUUACCAUCACGUUGGUAUCGUCAAGCUGAAGCUCAUCGUUUUGAUCGUUCUUAUAUUAUUGAUAUGUUACUUGCUAAUGGUGGUACUAUUGAUCAUGAUACAUUUGUAUUCAAUGGUCAAAAUUAUUCAUUACAAGUUCCACGUAUAUCAUCAACAUCAUCAACAAUUCCAACAACAAAUCUUCAAACAUUGAAAUUAUCAACAAAAGAAAAACAAAAUCUUAUUGAAAGUUAUGUUGAAAUAAUCAAUAAACAAGAUGGUAUAAAACGUGAUAAUACAAAUAAUUUAUUAUUAUUAGAAAAUGCAACAGAUGGUUCACAAUUAUAUUUAACACCUGAACAUAGUCAAUUUAUACAUCAAAAUAAAUAUCGACGACAAGAUGUUAUUCAUUUACUUAAUAAACAUGGUCAAAUAAAACAAGAUGAAUUUGGUAAUUGGUUAUUAUAUUAUAAUAAUCAAUAUGUUCAAUUUCCAUCAUCAAUUAUUCCACAAUCAUCAACAGCAACAAACAAAGCAAAUGUAUUACGUUCAUUAGGUCAACGAUUUGGACGUACAACAUCAUCAACAAAUAAUGAAGAUGAUAAAGAUUUUCGUGCUCGUUUAGCACAAGAAACUGAAAAUGAAUUUUUUGAACGUUAUCAUGCAACAAUUAAUUAUAUGUAUCAUCAUGAUUUAAUAACAUGUAAUAGGCGUUUAAAAUUAAUUCAAUUACACUUUUCAAAUCAAACAUUAACAAUACCCAUGGAUCAGUUACGUUCAAUUGUUGAUACACGUAUAUUAAAUUCAACAAAUGAAAAUCAAUUACCAUUUCAAAGUCAACAAUUAUCAAAAUGGUUAUUAAAAAAUUCCGAUACAAUAAGUAAUACACGUGAUGGUUAUAUACAAUUAACACAUAAAAAUAAAGUUUAUAAUUUGCCAUUAAUAAAUCCAAAUCAAACACAAUCAUCAUCACAAUCAACAUUAUCAGCUAUAGUACAACGUUUUGGUUUAACAUCAAAAGAUCAAUCAUUAUUAUCAAAAACUGAUUUAUCAACACCUGAUAAUCAAAUACGUUGUGCUAAUCAUCUACUCGAAAGACUUGAUCAAUUAGGUUGUAUUAAUAUUGAUGAUGAUACACGUACACUUAUUCUAUCAAUGACACCAGAUAAACAACAACAGAUGGUUAUUAAUAAUCCUCAAUUGCCUGUUACAAAACACACAUUAAUUGAUUAUUUAGUUAGUCAUGGUCGUUUUGCAUUAAGUUCUGAUCGUACAGAUAUUGAAUAUCGUCAUUAUCAUGAUGGACGUAUAUAUCGUUUUACUACAUUUAUACGUGAUUGGAAUACUGUAUUUGAUGAAACAAAUGAACAACGUAUUAUACGUGUAUUAGGUGAAAUAUUAUCAUUAAAUGGAAGAUUUUUACAACGUGCUGAUAGACAAAUAAUAAUAUCAUUAAGAAAUGGUGAACGUUUUAUUAUACCAAGUGAUAUUGGUUCACAAUUAAUUGGUGUUGUUAAUGGACGAACAAUAGCUGAAUUACUUGUUACAUAUGCUGAUGAUAUACAUGAAGAACAAGAUGGAAAAUAUUUAGUUAUAACACUUGGUAAUCAAACAUUACGUUUACAACAACAAAAACAAUUAAUGUCAUCAAGACAAAUUUCAACAAUAACACCAGUAAAAUCAACAAUUGAUCCAAAAUUAAAAUUACUUUUUCCAUUUAAUAAAUCAUUAAGACAAAUAACAAAAACAUCAUCAACAUCAACAUUAAAUGUACAACCACCGGAUGCAUCAAAUGGUUAUGCUAUUGAUCCAUUACUCAUGCUUGCUAAUUAUAUAUAUCGUGCUGGUUCAAUUUAUCAAGAUGAUCGUGGUCGUCUAGUUAUUAAAAUGGAUGAACAUGAAAUAGUUGUACCACGUAUUGAAGCUAUUAAUGCUAUUGAAACAAUCAAUACAUCACCACAUCGUACAGGUACAAUAAUAGCACGUUUAAUUGAUCGUAUUGGUAAAGUACAAUCAAAUAAAGCUGGUGGUUUAAUAAUAACAAUAGGUAAAAGUUCAUUUGAAUUACCUAAAGAAUUAAUUGAUCGUGCUAAUCAAUUACAUCGUGAAAUAAUUGAUAAAGAAAAUGAUAUUCCUAUAAGUGAUCAAGAUUUAGUACAAACAGGUUUAAAUGGUUCAAUGACAUUAGCUGGUCGUCAUAAUCGUCAACCAAAUGGACCAGCAUUACUACCAUUAUUACGUUUAUCAAAAUCUGUUGGUAGUUUAUCAACAUCAACUAUUGGACAUCCAUGGUUUACUGAUGAUCAACAAAUGCUCUAUACAAAAGAUGGUCGUGGUGAUGCGAGAUAUUUAAAUUUAGAUAAUUAUCCAUUAUCAUGGCAAAAACAAGCACAUAAACAUGGUGUUAAUUGUGAAGUACGAACUAUACGUAAUGUUGCACCAUAUUUAGAUAUAUUAGGUUAUGUUGAAAAUGAUCCAAAAAAAGCUGUAACUAUAAGUGAUUUAGCACGUUUACAUCCUGAAAUGUUAAAUCGUGGUAAAUUAAAUGAUAAUUUAUAUUUAACACAAUUAGAAAAUGAUCGUGCACAAACACAAACAAAAUUAUGUCCUAAACCACGUAUACUUGUUAUGCCAGAUGAUGAAACAAUGUUAUCAUCAAAUCGUAAAACACGUUUUUAUGUACAAUAUAUGUAUGAACAUGAUGCUGUACUUGGUACGGAUCCAGCUUAUGUUAUGAUGUUACCAAGUCGUUACCCUGUACGACCAACACGGCCACAAUUAAUUGCUCCUCAUCAUUAUCGAGAUAUAACAUUACGUGAAGCACCUGUAUAUGUUCAUAAAAAAGGUGACGGUGAAGUUUAUUAUGAAAAUCUUGCACAAUAUUUAUCAGCUGAACAUCCAGAUGUUUCAUCACGUACUGUUCGUCGUAUGUUAAAAUUCUCGAAUAAUGAUGAAUAUCUUGAAUAUUUAAGUAAUAAAAUGCCAAGAGCUGAAGCCGAACAACUUGUACGAGAAAGUGAAGAACCACCAGGUGAAGUACCAUCUCGUUUUAGUAAUAUAGCAACAAGAACGAGUGGUAGUGCAACAAAUCUUGUUGAGAAUGAUAAUGAUGAAGAAGAUCUUGAUGAAGAUUUCGAUGAUCAAUUUAUUGAGAAUGAUAAUCGACGACGUAUUGUUUCACCACAUACGUAUUAUAAUAUACAAAAUGGUACAACAAAUACAUAUGAUGACGAACGUCGACCUGUUAUAUAUCAAAAUCGUCAAAAUUCUUCUUCACAACCACCAAUAACAACAUCGAAAUUUGUUGAACGUAGUCCAUCAACAUCAAGUCUUGGCUCAGAUAUGAUUAUUGCUAAUACAUUACCAUCACGUCGUACUGUUUUUGAUAAUACUCCACCACCACGUAAUGAUAGAAAUCGUACAACAACAACAACAAUAAUAACAACAAACCCAUUAAGUAGUCUCACUGAUGAAAAUUAUGGCCGACCUGUUGUACGCGGUCGAACAACUAAUGGCGCUAGUGGUCAAAUCUCUGCAUCACCGGAAAAAACGGUGACAUUACCUCGAAGUGCUACUUUAUCUGGACAGAGUAAUGAUGAAGAAAGUGAAAGUCGAGGGACCUUUUCACGAAGUGCUAGUGCUGCUGCAAAAGUAACAACAACUAAAUCAGAUACAUUGAAAUCUGCAACAUCAUCAUCGGCUGCAUCAAGUCGAGAGCAACCAUCUACUACAUCAUCAUCAGUGGUACGAGCUCAGAGUUUGGUUUCACCAACACGUACAAGUGGUAGUAAAGGUGGUGGCGAUGAAACAAAAAAAGAAAAGAAAUCAAAAUUUCGAACACCAUCAUUUCUUAAAAAACGUAAAGAAAAAAAAGAAGCUACUAACAAAGAUAAACCUUAA